AUGGGUCCGACGAAGCACUAUCUCAGGCUGGAUUCCACCCCUGGUCUCACCCGCAGAGGCAAGGCCCUGAGCAACAGGUUGUCAUGUAUCAGGAUAGAGCAGGAAGUAUCCUGCUCCGAAAGCUGCAGUUUAGCGAGCUGCACCUUGUCGCAGAAUGACACGUGUGUAUGUGUCCGGUGGUUUUGCACUGUGCGAGGCUUGGAACUGGAGACAGCGGCUGGAGGAGGCGGUUGGAGCUGGCGGCGCGGCCCGUGCCUGCACUCAGCGUGCCGCAGGCCGCCGCCCGGCAGAGCAGCCCGCCCAGCGCCGCACCGCGCCGGGGACAGGAAGCACUUACCUAGGGAACUUCUCCUUCAGCUUCCUCAGGCUCUGCCGGGUGGGCUGCACGUGCCCCAGGAACUGGGCUAUUUCAUCGUACUGGGCUUUGGUGAGCUUCAUGCCUCGCGGCGCCAAGAAAUGGCCGAGCUGUGCCGCUCCGGCCCCGAGCAGAGAGGCGGGGAGAGGCGGGAGGCAGCGCACCCGCGAUCGGGGGAUCGGGGCGAUGGCCCCCCGGGUCGCCCUUUGCUCCCAGCCCACCGAUCACACGGCGCGGGCAACUGCCGCCCCGCUUCCCGCAGCUCCGCCCCGCGGCCCGGCCGAGGCGGUGAGAGGGGCGGAGCGGCGCGACCGGGCGGGGAGAGCCGAGCAGAAAAACGAAGCAGGGCCGAACGGGGCCGAGUCGCCAUCCUGCGCGAGUUGGAUCUGCGCAGUCGCCGCUCUUAUAGCUGUCGGCUGCUGGCAGGGGUGGCUGUUUCGACGUGCUUUCCUGGCCGUUGCUUGCAGAGGAGGAGGUCGUCGCCUCGUAGCUGAGGAAGCGCUCGCAGGCUUUCCCGUCUGAGGGAGCUGGACGGCGUUUGCGUUACUCUCUGCAGUGGCAGCUCAGGCUCACGGGGCUGGAGGCCAAAGCAGGGGGGAGCUGGGCUGUAGCCCGCUCCAUUACAGUUCUAAGUUCUACGUGAUGAAAUAUCUGGUGUUGAGAACUU